AUGAACACGUUCAAUAACAGCUACUAUGGUACACCCAAGAGUCCUGACAUGGCGACUUCGAGAACCGCAAGCCUUUUCGAGCAGCACAACCAGCAGUCUGCCGCACGAGAAUCUCCACAGCAAUCAUCACUGCCUACGCCCUCGUCUGCGACAGCAUCAAACAACGAUUCUUAUUCGCCAGACGGGCAAUUCAAGGUCGUGAGAAAAAGAAACCGCGUACCGCUGUCGUGCGCUCCUUGUCGAAACAGAAAGCAGACGCCAUCGGCCAGCUCUAGUAAUACUCCAACGGACAUGCAGAACCGAAUAGACAGAUUAGAAGGGCUCGUGUUAUCUCUCAUGACUAAUGGCUCAACGUCCGCCGGCCCUACGGCUGCCCAACGUGCUCUCUCGUUGGAUUCGAGCGCGAAUUCACUACAGCAGCAGGAUGUCGAUAUCAACACACCUGACGGUAGUAGCGUAGCUCUCCAUGGCGAGGGCUCUGAAGAAAGUGAAACAGAUCAAGUGGCACAAUCCAUAGGCAUUAUGAAAGUUGACAACAACAAGUCGAUGUACUUUGGCACCACACAUUGGGCCACAGUACUCAGUGAUAUUAAAGAAGUCAAAAGCUAUUUCAGCGAGCAGCAGCACCAGAAGCAAUUCGAAGAGCAAGUACAGAAAAUAAAUACUGCCAAAGCUCGAAUGGACGGCAAGGUUGGAGGGCCCAUGUUUCUACUAGGGGGCAACAAGGUCCCGAACCUUGAAGACGUCAUGGCACAAAUGCCAAAGCGCACGGUGGCUGAUAAAUUGAUCGCGCGGUACUUCAACUCCUAUGAUCCCGCAGUGCACAUUCUUCAUCCCCCGUCAUGGUUGAAGAUUUACGAUAAAUAUUGGCAAAACUCCGAGAUGGCGCAUCCAGUCUGGCUCGGCCAAAUGUACGCAAUUUUCUGUCUUGCAAUGAACUCUUACGACCAAUUAGGUGAUGAACCGCCCGAGUAUCGAGGGAAAUCGCGAGCCAUGUCAUCACAUUACCGCGGGCUAUCUGGCCAAUGCCUUCUGCUGGCAGACUUCACAAAGCCCAUGUUUCAUAUGAUCGAGACCCUCGUUCUCCACUUGCACUGCGAAUAUGCUCGAUCACGGGACACUGAGGUCGGUGUUUGGGUGCUUGCUGGUAUGGUGGUUCGUCUAGCUAUGCGAAUGGGAUAUCAUCGCGACCCCAAAUAUUUCAACAACAUAAAUCCGUUUCAAGGGGAGAUCCGUCGACGAGUUUGGACUUUUGUGAGGUCCUCAGAUUUGCUGUUUUCUUUCCAACAUGGUCUUCCGAGCAUGAUCCGGGAAGGUGACUGCGACACAGAAUUGCCCAGAAACUUGAUGGACGAAGAGCUCCAUGAGAACAUGGAGUUUCUACCACCUUCAAAACCCACCGCAGAGCCUACGCCGGUAUCUUACAUGCGAGCGAAGGCGUCAAUGGUGUUCAUCUUUGGCCGGCUUGUCGAGCGGCUUCACCUUUGUAAAGACAUCACAUACGAUGAAAUAAUACUGUUAGACCAGUCUCUGAGAGAAUCCCUAGCUGGCUUGCCACCACAUCUUAGGAUGCGAAGCCUGGAGGACUCGACAGCAGACCCGGGAGCCUUGAUAAUGCAGCGAUUCAACCUUGAAAUUCUGUACCACAAAGGGCAAGCUGUACUCCACCGGAAAUUCCUGGUUCAAGCACGCCAGCACAGUCGGUAUUCAGACUCUCGUCGGACGUGUAUCGACUCUGGUAUGGCGCUCCUUCGAAUUCAGGAGACACUACAUAUUGAAGGCCGUCCUGGACACCGUCUAUAUGGAAUGAAGCCCCUAAUCAGCUCGCUCACUGCGAAUGACUUCCUGCUAGCGGCAACAAUAGUGGCAUUCGACUUAUGCUAUACCAGCGAGCAUCCGUCAAACAGAACCGCUGGAGACGUAUUACUAUGGGGCCGAGAAAUCCGUAGUGAUAUGAUUCGCGCACUCGAGAUAUCGCAGAGUAUCUGGAAGGAGACCAUGGACGAAUCAAUAGAGUCGUACAAAGCUGACAGAUUAUUGACAAUCACACUCAAUAAAAUGCGAGAUGGAAUGCGGCAGGGUCCGAAUGCUCAGAAUCCGUUCCCUUUCCUUGCGAUGGGCAAUAUCAACGACAACAACCAGGCAUUUGGUGCAACCUUGGAGGACAAACCUGAACACUCGGCGGCAAUGACGCUCGGGAUGUUGAGCAGCGGUGGGAUGGGAACCAACGGCAGCAUACAAUUCAAUGGGGCUUUCUCCGCUAACAACGGGGAUGCCCCAACAGCUACCACGCAAGUUCCUCAAGAUCCUACGAUGGGCUUUAUGGAUCAACUUAAUAAUGCUGCCCAACCAACGCCAAACCCCCUCGGCUUCUUUGAUGGGGCCUUCUUACCAGGCAUGGACACCAAUGAUGGCGAGCCUACUAUUGACUGGGAUGCAUGGGAUUCUUACGUGCAAAAUGCGAACAUUGAACCUCCACAAUUUCCGAAGGCGUCGAACCCGCAGCCACCGCAACAGCUGCAGCAACAACAAUCACAAUGGCCCGUAAGCGUCGACCCUUCGCUGUCUACUGUAGCGAUGGAUGGAGGGCCGCAACAGUCACUUAAUGCUCCGAGUGCUUUUAUGGGCGGCAAUAUGCCGAUGUAA